AUGGAUCGUUUUAUAAUCAGAAAGGCUCCUGUUGUUAUUAUUGAUGAUUGCCCUGUUGGAAAGAGAAAAGUAUCUCAAUCUCGACGUAAACGCUGUGCUGAUCAGAAAGUUUCAACUAAAAAGAUCAAAAGACAACCAAGUGUGGAAGAAUUACCUUCACUGAAAAUCGAUCCGGAAGUCUUAUGGACUAAUAAGUACAAACCUACUUGUACAAAAGAUAUGGUCGGCUCUCAUGACAAAUUCAAUGAAAUAAAAAGGUGGAUACAAGAUUGGAGUUGUAGUGAGGAUUGUUGGAGCAAUGAAACAUUGUUAAUUAUCGGUCCUCCCGGCAUCGGAAAAACCUCUUUAGUUUAUGCUAUUGCUCAAGAAUUACAAUAUAAAAUAUUUGAAGUCAAUUGCAGCCUGGCUAAAAAGAUUCUUCAAACAACUGAAAAACUUCAUGAAACCAUCCAAACUCAUCAAGUUUGUCGAAAUGAUACGCCGAAAUUGACAAAAUUUUGGUCAUCUCCACAGACAGAAUUGAAUGAUCGUGACGAUUUACCCGAGAUCUCUUUAUCCUCUAAUAGUAUCAUUCUAUUUGAUGAUAUUGAUUUCAUGAUAAGUGAUGGUGUGAAUGGAUUUUGGCGAGCCUUGAAAAAUCUUAUUCUAGAGAGUAAAAAGCCGAUCAUCUUAACUGCAACUCGCUACUCCGAAUAUCUCGAACUGUUCAUAAAUCCAAUGAAGAUUUUUAAAAUAGAGCCACCUCAAUCUACAGACAUUGUUAAACAUAUAAACAGCAUAAUAGUUAAGGAGCAAUCAGAAAUUCUUCCUAUUUCGACAUCCAGAAUUGAAAGUUUCAAUGGUGAUGUAAGACGUGCUUUAAAUGAAUACCAAUACAAUUCUCACAACUUUAAGGAUAGCGCCGAUGAUAAAAUGGAAAUCACCUUACAUGAUGAUGCAAAAUUUACUACUCUACAUUAUGAUUUGUUAUGUUUAAGUGACGUGGUCGCCUUAAAAGCUGGUAUUCAGUCUCCGGACGAAACAAGAUCAGGUUUUAUGAAAGGACAAGACAUUCCAUUCAAUGAGAUGACUAACUGGAGAGAAACAGCUGUCGAUUUUAUUGAAACAAUCAACGUUUUGACCAAAGAGUCUUUUGGUGACGAUUCGAGAACAAAAACAAGACUUAAAGACUCGGAUGUCAAGAAAUUUAAUGAUAAAUUGAAUGAUUCAUACAAGAAAUAUAACCGCUCUAUGAGUAACCAAGCUUUCGCUAUUGAAUUUUUCCCAUAUUUAUCAAUAAUUAAUACCCAUCUCAGUAGUAGAAGAUAUCAAACUAGAGGUUCAAAACAAGCUAAAGUACCUAUCGGGUCUGUAGAUCCUUUUCUGGUAAAAUUUCCAGAGCUCGAUUAA